GUCUGCAGGAUGUAAAGAAUUCGAAGCGACGUUGUGCCUGAGGAUUUUUACUUUCAUUUUCGGGGAGAGGGGAGGGUGAACAAAAGAGUGACACCGAGAUAGGCUUCUAAAAGUUUACCAAAUGCUGCUCGGAGGAAGAGCAGACGAGCAGAGUGGCAAUAAUAUUUAGGUACAGGAAGGUCGACUCCUGUACAAGAUUACAUGACUGGCAGGAGUCUGCUCGGAGGACGGAGGUCCCGAGGUAAUGCAGACACCUCGAGCUCAGCUGGCACCUGGGCUGGGCAAGAGUGUUUAGUGGCUUGAACCCAUGGAAGCUGGCUGUGGUUGCCAGGCUCUCAGGCGACCUCCCUUUCCGCACAGUUUCCUGUAACUGCAGAAUAUCUUAGGGACUGUGGUUUGUGGAGUUUCCUUCCGGGCCUCAAUAGUCCUCACUCCACCCUAUGGUCUCCGGGAUAAUACUGUCUCUGUACUAUUGCGCCACUCUUUCAGCCCUUGGACCCAGGGACCUUGAACAAACAUGAGGCCUAGGGUCAUGUGGAGUGGCCCAGGGUUCUAAGUCCAGGCCCAGGCUUAUAUGGAGUGGUUCUUAUUCUUGGCAACCAGUGGAAUGAGAUGUGGAAGGUACCAGAUCAAACAUAGGUACCAGAAUGCGCAAAGGCCUGGAGAGGAGGCUGAGCUGGUUCAGGGACCUGCGGGUAUCUUUUCUUUUUCGUGGAAACUGGGAGCAGUGAGUGGAGCAGGAGUCAGGUCUGGAACAACUUUGGGAAAAUUGAGUGUCCCUUCUGGAGGUGAUGGGAGCAAUGAAAAAUCUGGAGCAGUGGAGACAGGUGAUCUGACUCCGGUGUUAUCAGGCUCCCUGUGGGUGCAGCAUGGAGAAUAGCAUUGGCGUGAGGGAGGUGGUGGGGAGACCAUGAAAGAGGCUACUGCUGUGGUCUGGGUGAGUGUGUUGGUAGUUUGACCAAGGUGGUGGCUGUGGAGGUGGGAGAAGUGGCUGGUUUGGUGUGUUAGGUAUAGAAACCUGAAUUUUCUAAUUCUGAGGUUGAGAGAACGGUAGGAGUCAGGGAUAAGUGAAGGUUUGGUUUUAGCUUCUGGAAGGAUGGAAGCUCCAUCAGGUGAGACAGGGAAGUCCACAGUAAGAGUAAUUUUCUUUGGGGAUAUCAGAAGUUUUAUAUUUGGCCUCUUAAGGAUAUGAGAUCUUUCAGAGAGCAGUUUUUGGGCAUCUAGUACUCUGAGGAGGAGUUCGGGAUGGAGACUUAUCCAAAGGGCAAUGGAGAGAGUGUGGCCCAGGGAGGAGCUUCUUAUUUCUUUUUUUAAUGGAGGUACUGGGGAUUGAACCCAGGACCUUGCACAUGCUAAGUGUGUGCUCUACCUUGGAGCUAUACACCCCACCUCCUGUAGAUCACUUUAGUGUGGGGAAUCCAGGUCAGGAUGAUAAUGAUUAAUAGUAGCCCAGGACGAUGAGGGUAGGCCUGAGGACUAGGUUUCCUGCUUGGGCCCCUGGCUGUGGGAGGUGGGUGUCAUAACACAGGUGAGAGAAGUGGUCGUGGGGAGGAUGGGGAAGGUUAUAGUUUGGCAUGUGGGCAAGGCCUCUGAGGGAUCGGUGGACAUAAGAUGGUUGUGGAGGCAUCAUCAGGAGGAAUUCAACAAGCUGGUGCUUAAUCGCUGCUCUACAGACUGACCAGGAUUUUGUUGUAACCCUUGGUGGGACCUGGGAUGUUGUAGUCAGGCUGGUGGAUUAGCUUGGAGAUGUAUGUGGUCAUCUGGGAGACUCACAGAUGAGGUAGAGGGCCAGGCACUGGGCCUUGAAUGGGGGUUAGGAGAAGAGAGGAAAGCUGUGACUGGUCAGGAUUCAUCAAAUGCAGCACAACUGGCAGAGGGCCAUGGGUACCUGAGAUCUGAUAUGGUUCUGGGUAGGUGAGGUUGAAGCAGGGAAGGAGGCCUUCAUGGCAGGACUCAGGGCUGCCUUUGUUAAUGGGGAUCAUCAGCAUCUCGGGUAGUAUUUGAUCCUAUUUGACUUUGCCAAGCAUUCUGUGGACCGUUUGUGCUUGGUAAUGAUUAGGGAAGCUAAGGAGGUGAUUAUGGUGUAGGGCAGGAGGAGCUGUGGCUGGGUAAGACCGUCACACCCAUCUUAGUGUCCUGAGAUGAUGUCCUGCUUUUCCUUUUUUCCCUCAGUUCACUUUGUCUUUCCCUCAGCUGGACCAUGGGCUCUGCUACCCUCCUUCUCUUUCUUGUCAGACGUGCUGUGGGUGCCAUCAUGGAACUGUGUGUAGUGCCCUGAGCAGUGGAUUCCCCAGGCAGCCCUAGCCCAGCUGCCUCUGAAAGUGCAGAAUGAUUUGGGAGUCAGGAGUCUUGCAGGCAGCUCAGUGAAUCCCACCUGGCUUGCCCUCUCCCUGCUGGAGUGACUGUCCAGAUCCGUGGCCUCCAGGGCUUCUUUCUCUCGCUAACAGUUCUGUGUGACUGCCUGUGCCAGGCCGUGGUCAUUACGUACAUGAACUCUGGGCAGUCCUUGUACGGCGUUCUUCAGUUGUGUGUAAUGUUUUCUUUCCUGACUGCUGUCAUAUAUUGAGCUGCUCUGGGCCAGUGCUGACCACUCAGCUAUGCCGUCUUUCAUGAAGACUUGUAUCAUUCAGGUUCUGAGUAGUUGCACAAUGGAGGGUGCAGGAAGAACCUUGGUUGUUUCACAGAGUAGACAUGAUGAGAUGGCCUCAGAGAAGAGGAGGCCUGGGCCGGGUGAGUGGCAUCUGAGGGGGGACAUGAUAGCAUGACUAUGUUCAGAUCAUACCAGGAACCUGCCCUGUGUCCAGUAGUGUUUUGGUGCAAGUGCCACUGGUCACACCUCAUUUCUGCCUUUUCCCCAUACUUGACACUUUGCUGCCUUGUCCUUGCAUUGGUGCCUUCCAGCUCCUGGCUGCCUUAACCUUUGUGGCCUCUGUGGGUCACCUGUUCCUCUGCACUGCAACACCUGCAGUAUUGACCUGCACAUGUGUCAUGAGGUGUGCACAUAUCCCUAAGUAGUCCCUGGACACCAGCUACUUGGUUCCAGUGGAAAUUUACCAGAGCAGGACAUAACCAGCUUUCCUCACAGCAUGCCCACAUCACACCUUAGAUGAAGGCUGUUGGCAGAGGGAUGAGUUAGACACCUUGCCUCUGCUCCAUGUGGUGCACCCAAUCCUUGGGCCCUUGGUCUGGUGAGGUCUCCCCUAUUCUGUGAUCUUCAUAGGCCUGCCCUCUGCUGCCAGGCAGCCACUUCAGCCUGCUCCAGCCCCCUUGUUCUUAGAACAAACUCAAGGAACAAACUCAUUCCUUGUUGUGUCUGAUGCACCUUUGUAAUGGGGCUUGCCUCUCCCAUCAGGGUCAACAUGCAUUUCCUCAGCAUUUCUCUGUUUUCAGGUUAUAGACAUGAAACAAGAUGAGGAAACCCCUUCUGGGCAGAGUUUAUCUGUAGAAGGAGAAUCUCACAUCAGGGCGUCUGAGGCAGGUCCACCCACCCAGAAGACCCACCCCUGUGAGAUAUGCAUCCCAGUCUUCAAAGAUAUUUUGCACCAAGCUGAGCACGCAACAAUAUACCCUUUGCAGAAACCGUACUUGGGUGUCCCAUGUGUGAGAUGCUUCUGUUUCGCUGCAGACCUUCACCAGCAACAGAAGCAUGACAGUGGAGAGGAGCCCUGGAAGAGAGAUGUGGACAGGUCCUCAUGUGUGAGGAGCUGUAGCUUCUUCAUGUCAGGGAAGCUUUUCACCUGUAGGAGGUCGGGGAGGACUUCUCGGCCAGCUCAGGCCUUCUCCAGUGCCAGGCCAUUCCCAACAGUGAGGAGCCACAGAAUGGCAGUGAGAGUGAGAAGGCCUUUCACAGUGAAGAGUCGUUACAGGCAGGGUGAAUGUGAACUAGUUGCCACCUGCAACCACACACUUGUUCAAGAUCGGAGUGUCUACUCUGAAAAAGAGCUUUACAAGUGUAACAAAAGUAGGAAAGCCUUCAACUGCAACUUCAGACUUGUUCAGCACCAGCAAAUUCAUGCUGGUCAAAGGACAUACGAGUGUAAUGAAUGUGGAAAUUUUUUUAGCUAAACCUCUGACCUUAAACACCAGAGAAUUCACACUGGAGAAAGGACUUAUGAUUGCAAUGAAUGUGGAAAAGUCUUUAUCCACAAAUCCAAACUCAUUCACCAUCAGACACAACAUGCUGGAGGAAUGCAUUAUGAGUGUGGUGAAUGUGGGAAGUCCUUUAGCUACAAAUCCAACCUCACUGAACACCAGCGAGUUGACACUAAAGAAAGACCUUAUGAAUGCAGCGAAUGUGGGAAGUCCUUUAGACAAAUUUUUAACCUUAUUCGACAUGGGAGAAUUCACACUGGAGAAAAGCCUUAUGAGUGUAAUGAUUGUGGGAAAUCUUUUAGCUGCAAAUCCGAACUCAUUCAGCACCAGAGAAUUCUCAGUGGAGAAAGGCCUUAUGUGUGCAGUGAAUGUGGGAAUUGCUUUAGACAGUUCUCCAGCCUCAUUCGACAUCGGAGUGUUCAUGCUGGAGAAAGGCCAUAUGAGUGCACUGUUUGUGAGAGAUCCUUUAGUCGCAAAUUUAUCCUUGUUCAGCAUCAGAGAGUUCACACUGGAGAAAGACCUUGUGAGUGCAGAGAAUUUGGAAAAUCCUUUAUCCGUAAAUCUGACCUCGUUCAACACCAGAGAAUGCAUCCUGGCACAAGACCUUAUGAGUGCAGUUAGUGUGGGAAAUCCUUUAGACAACACUCUGGCCUUAUUCAACAUCAGAGCAUUCAUUCUGGAGAAGAGCCUUAUGAAUGUGGGGAAUGUGGGAGAUCUCUCAGCCAUAGUGCUGUCCUUAUUCAACAUCAGAGAGUUCAUACUGGAGAAAGGCCUUAUGAGUGUAGCAAAUGUGGGAAAUCCUAAAAGUGAAAAUCUAACCUCUUUAGACACCAGAAAAUUCACACUGGAGAAAAGCCUUAAGUAUGCAGAGGUGGUUUUAUUUCCUCACUCAGUAUAACAGCACUUGGGGAGACUGUGAGCCAUUUACCUUUAUUUAACCCACUUUUAUUCAGACUUAGACUGUGCAGGAUUCCUCAUAAGCUUCAGUUAUGUGUGAGGCUUUAGGUGUGUUGCACUUUCUACCUGCCCAGAGCUGCUGCUAGAUUUAUGUCACUGCUAGUUUCUGUACUGGAGCCAUUUCACCUCUACUGCCUGACACACCUACGCAGUGUGCAUCAGUCACCACACGAACACGGAGGGAAGCUGACCUCCGUGUUCUCCCUUUUGCUUGGGGGAAUUAUGAAUAGCCCAGGCCCUCAGCAGCAUCCUCAUUCCUUUCUUUUCAUUUUUUUUUAAACUUUUUUUAUAUAAACUUUUUUUAUUGAGUAAUAGUCAUUUUGUAAUGUGU